GGACAAACAUGUCGACCAACUCUAAACCUUGUCAGUGGGCAAAGGUUGCCUUACAAGGAAUCGAAUUGGAGGACCCUCAUCCCCAUAUGUUUUUGAAAGAGCCAAUAUUUCCUGCAAAGGAUAGCAUUUUGGAUUGCAUAGGCAACACGCCUCUUGUCCGUUUGAGAAGAAUUGAGCAAGCUGAGAAUCUUUCCUUUGAAGUUUACGCAAAGUGCGAAUUCAUGAACGCUGGAGGCUCUGUGAAGGACCGUAUUGGAAUACGUAUGGUAGAAGAUGCGGAAAAGAAGGGGUUGAUAAAACCAGGAUAUACCUUGAUAGAACCAACUUCAGGAAAUACAGGAAUAGGCAUUGCUUUAGCUGCAGCAGUAAAAGGUUACAAUUGUAUUAUUACGAUGCCAGAGAAGAUGUCCGAGGAGAAAGUAAACAUCUUGAAAGCUUUGGGAGCUGAAAUAGUACGAACACCCACCGAAGCAGCUUACAACUCUCCCGAGUCACAUAUUCAAGUAGCUCAAAGGUUGAACAAAGAGAUACCCAACUCGUUCAUUUUGGAUCAGUAUUCUAAUCCAAGCAAUCCACUAGCACACUACGAUAGCACAGCAGAAGAAAUAAUUCAGCAGGUUGAUAGAGUAGAUAUUUUGGUAGCUGGUGCUGGAACUGGUGGAACGAUUUCUGGUAUUGGAAGAAAACUGAGAGAGAUAUACAAAAAGAACGUCCAAAUUGUUGGUGUCGAUCCUGUUGGCAGUAUUCUUGCGCAACCAGAUUCACUUAAUACAGAAAUUUGUUCGUACAAAAUUGAAGGGAUCGGUUAUGACUUUAUUCCACGAGUACUCGAUCGUUCCAUUAUUGAUACUUGGGUUAAGACGAAUGAUUAUGAAAGUUUCCAAGCUGCGAGACGAUUGAUUCGAGAGGAAGGUCUUCUCGUGGGUGGUUCCAGUGGUUCAUGCCUAGCCGGUCUUUUGAAGAUUGCAAAAGAUAUUCCUCCUAACAAAAAGGUAGUUUUGAUUCUUCCAGACUCCAGUCGCAAUUAUAUGUCAAAAUUUAUAUCUGAUGACUGGAUGGAACAAAAUGGCUUUCUUGAGCGUCCUUCUCCCUUGGAACAUGAAACUUGGGCAUAUUUGCCUGUUACUGCAUUACCUUUACAGGAACCAGUGACAAUACUUGGCAAUGUAUCUUGUGAAGAAGCAGUAUCCAUACUUUCUUCGACUUCAUUUGACCAACUUCCAGUAUUGGAUGAAAAGGGAAAUAUUUUGGGGAUGGUAACCCAAGGCAAUUUAAUAUCACAAUUGAUGUCAAGGAGAGUUCGCAAUCAGGAUCCCGUCUGGAAAGCAGCGUAUAAACAAUUCCGGGAAGUUCGUCCAUCAACCACGUUAGCUCAGUUAUCUCGUAUAUUUCGAUAUGACCACUAUGCACUUAUUGUUUCGACACAAAAGUGUUAUGAAAGUGCAGGAACGCUUACUGAAAAGAAAAUAGUAUCCGGUAUUGUAACACAAAUCGACUUGUUAGAAUUCUUGGUUCACCAGCAUAGUUCGCAUCACGGUCCAGAACAAAAUGGACGAGACGAACGAAAAACGAAUCAAUUGGACUGAAAUAAAAAAUUAUGGCUGUAUCAAAUCAUGCUAGAGAUUUCAUUUGAUG